UCUCUACUUUAGUCGCUGACCGUGUCUCCGGCGGCCACAGUCCACUGAAACGUUCCCGGUCAGUACAACAUGGGUCAGUGGACACGAGGCCACGUUUUAUUCCUCCUGCUUCUCUGCAGAACCAGUGGACAGUGGCUCGAGCAUGUGAGAAGUUCCCACUGGCCUAGGAGGCCUGCCCUCCCCAGAUUUACACCGGCUGACACGUACUUGGAUCUCAUCAAACUAAAUCCAAAUGUCAAGGACUCGGUUAGUUCUACACCAAGGUUCACCAUGGUGGCUCCGGACCUGCUGAGGACGGACAGCCAGGAGAACAUCUACCUGCAGGCCGACGGUGUGACCGGCGCCGUCACCGUCUCCAUCUCCGUCCAGGACUUCACCAAGACCGCCACGCUUCUCCAGGACUCGGCCACACUCGACCCGGGAAAUGACUUCCACACUCUCAAGGCCCUACAGCUUCCCUCGGCUCAUUUAAAUCGCGAGGAGAAAAAGAACAAGUUCGUGUACCUGAAGGUGAACUUCGGCGACCUCCACACCGAGGAGCGGAUCCUGAUGGUGUCCUUUCACUCCGGGUACAUCUUCAUCCAGUCAGACAAACCCAUCUACAACCCCGGAGACACCGUCCGGCUCAGGGCCUUUGUGUCGUCUCCUUCCUUUAAGGCCUCUGACAGCUCCAUCACCAUGGAUAUCAAGAAUCCAGACGGUGUGGUGGUUAAACAGAUGCUCAGGUCUCAAGCCCCUAAUGGCAUCUUUGCUUACACGUUUCCUCUCUCAGAAAUUGUCAGUGAAGGAAUAUGGACGGUGACUGUAAAGUUUGACGACUGGCAGCAGAACACAUUCUCCUCCCAGUUCGAGGUGAAGAAAUACGUGCUGCCUGCCUUCAACGUUACUUUGACUCCCAGGAAGACCUUCCUCAACCUGGACGACAGUGAACUGGUGGUGGAGGUCUCGGCCAGGUACCUGUACGGGGAACCGGUCCAGGGCACGGCCUAUGUGGUGUUUGGAGUGCGGAUCGACAAUGAGAUGAGACGGUUGCCUUCUGUGAAGCAGCUGUCAGAUCUGGACGGAGGAGUCGUCCGGCUCAGCGUGGAUGAGAUCAAGAGGGCUCAUCCCAACAUUAGGUCUUUGGUGGGCAGCUCUGUGUAUGUCAAGGCCUCUGUGCUCACCAGGUCAGGCAGUGACCUAGUUGAAGCCGAAAGAACCGGGAUCAAAAUAGUGGCGUCUCCGUACGUCAUGUCCUUCAGAGACGCACCAAAGUACUUCAAGCCGGGCCUGCCCUAUGACUUCACAAUCCAGGUGAGCCACCAUGACGGUUCCCCGGCCCAGAACGUGCCGGUCAGGCUGAACUGGCCGGAAACGCCACUGCUCAUCGUGUCCGGCGCCGCCAGAGCCACCGUCAACAUGCUCCAUCAUCCACACCCUCAACACAUCGCUGCUGUGACCAUGCAGGCCGACCUGAGACCAGAUCAACAGGCCAGAAACCACAUCACCGUUUCGGCGUACAGGGCCUUCCACCGGCGCCAGCAAAACUACCUGUACAUCUCCACGGAAAGCAACGCGGUGUCUGUUGGGGACAGACUGUCGCUGAAGCUGACCAUCACUGCUGCUGAGCAGACGCACAGGGACCUCGUCAAACACGUCACCUACCUGGUGCUCAACAAGGGCAAGAUCAUCAUGGCCAAGCGAGUGGAUGUGGCCGGUCAGUCGCUGACCAGCGUCGGGCUGGCGGUCACACCGGAGAUGAUGCCUUCGUUCCGUUUCGUGGCUUUCUACAGCAUCCCCUGGGUAUGGCGGGAAGAGGUGGUGUCGGACUCCAUCUGGGUGGACGUGGCAGACUCCUGUGUCGGAGGGCUGAAAGUCGGACCAGCCGACGGUGUACUCCGAGACUACACGCCUGGGAAGAGCUUUCGUUUUCAGGUCAGGGGCGACCCGGGGGCGAAGGUCAGCCUGGUGGCUGUGGACAACGCUUUGUAUCUGCUCAACAAGGACAGGCUAACACAGAGGAAGAUGUGGGGCGUGGUGGAGCACGGAGACAUUGGCUGCACCCGCGGGGGAGGCAGAGACGCCACGGGGGUGUUCAGCGACGCCGGACUUCUCUUCUCCUCUAGUGCUGGGGUCAAAACCCCAAGUAGACAAGUCCUGCGGUGUGCAGGCAGUUCCAGGAGGAGGCGCUCUGCUGAACUGUUGCAGCGUAAAGCUCAGCUGCAGAGUCACUACAAGGAGAAGCUGCAGCGCCGCUGCUGUGGGGAUGGCCUCAGGAAUAUCCCCAUGCCGUACUCCUGUACACGGCGCUCCCUCUACAUCACCGAGGGCUGGGAGUGCAUCCGGGCUUUCCGCUACUGCUGCGCCAUGUACAGGGACCAGGAGUUUGACACCGACAUUCCCACCACCCCGCCACCUACGACGACGACUGCCCCCAUGACCACCGCGCGACCCAGGCUCUCUUACAAUCCCUUUACUGAUUUCAGUCCGCGAAGGUCGACACCCCAUCUCAGGCAAAACAUUGAUAUGGGAAAUAGACGUACGCUACAUUCGGCGUCUGCACGAGUUGUACAACCAGUUGUACCUGAAACACCACAAUUUACCAGCACAAAUGUAAAAAAAAUUGCGGAAGAAGAAGUGGAGGAGUUGCUGGAGGAGGAGGAGGAAGAAGAGUGGGAGUACCUGGAUGAGACUCAGGUGUAUCUGCGUUCCAAGUUCUAUGAGUCGUGGCUGUGGACUGAUGUGGACCUGCCCGUCAAAGCAGAUACAGACGGCCUGGCGACUACGAACGUCCCGUUAACUGACAGCAUCCCGUUACCUGACAGCAUCACAGAGUGGGGAAUUCUGGCCAUCAGUGCAUCGCCUCAUACAGGUUUCUGUGUGGCCCAGCCGUACAACUUCAGGGCGUGGAAGCGUUUCUUUGUGGACCUGAAGCUGCCAUAUUCGGUGGCGAGGAACGAACAGGUCGAGAUCAAAGCUGUGAUCCAUAACUACGGCUACGACGACCUGCACGUGAGGGUGGUGCUGAUGCAGACGGAGGGCAUGUGCAGCAUCGCGUUCAAGGACAGACACACGCAGGAGGUGACGCUGCCAGCCGGCUCUUCCAAGGCGGUGCCUUACACCAUCGUGCCCCUGGUGGUGGGGAAACUCCCUCUGGAGGUGAUGGUCGUUGGCAGAGACAUGAUGGGUGGAGACCGCAUCCAGAAGUUUCUACGGGUGGUGCUGGACGGAGUUCAAAAGACAGAAGUGAGAAGUGCAGUGUUGAAUCCGUCUGCUGAAGGAGGAACACAGACAGUUCGUUUCAGCAAGAUCGUACUGGAGUCAGUCGUGCCAAACUCCGUUCCGGAGACGUUCAUCAACAUCAGAGGCAACGUGCUGGCAGACAGCAUUGAUAACUCCAUCAGCGAGGACUCUCUGGCGUCCCUCAUCCAGAUGCCCGGCGGCUGUGUGGAGCAGAACUUGGCCAGAAUCACUCUGCCGCUCAUCGCCACACUUUACCUGGAGCGAACCAACGACUGGGAGAGCGUGGGGGUGCAGCGCAAGGCUGAUGCGAUCCGAUACAUCAGGAGAGGCUAUGAGAACCAGCUGGCGUACAGAAAGCCUGAUGGCUCUUACCCCCCCUACAGGCGCGAAGGCGCAAGCACAUGGAUCACCGCAUACGUGGUGAAGGUGUUCUCCAUGGCUCACUCCAUCAUCGGCGUGGACGAGCAGCAAGUGUGCGACCCUUUGCUCUACCUUGUGAAGCACAAACACGGGACUUCUGUAGGAAAAUUCGUCGAGGACAACCCAGUUUACAGCACGACGAUGACCGGCGGUCUCAGGGGCGACGACCCUGAAACGACCCUGACAGCCUUCGUCCUCAUCGCACUCGCUGAGGCCAAGCAGGCGGGAAUCCGCUGCACCCACGCAGAUGUUAAUGUGGAGCUGAUCAUUAACAGGACAGCCGACUACCUGAGGAGGUCGCUGGUGAGGCUGGGGAGGAGACCGUACACAGUGGCUAUCGCCUCCUACGCUCUGGCUCUCCUGGGGAAGGAUCGUUUCAACCCAACACAAACAUUACUCAGAGCAUCAGCGGCAGGCGGCAGCCACUGGCCCGACGGACACAACACGUUGUUCACCCUGGAGGCGACCGGCUACGCCCUGCUGGCUCUGGUGAAGCUAGGAGAGAUGGAGCGAGCAGCGAUCGCCUUCAAAUGGCUGAACAGCCAGCGAAGGAGAGGUGGCGGCUUCGGCUCCACUCAGUCCACCAUGGUGGUGCUCCAGGCGCUGUCAGAGUACCAGAUCAACAAACCCCCCUCCGGUGACCUCAGUCUGGACGUGGACAUGAGGAUCGCGGGACGCAAGGAAAUCCGUUACCACUUCAACCCCACUACGGCCUAUGUUGCUCGCUCCUCCAGGUUGCCCGCUAAUAUGGCUUUGGAGGUGGAGGCUCGAGGGAACGGACAGGGAAUACUGGAGGUUGUGACCUAUUACAACCAAGUGCAUGAGGUGGAUGAGAAAAUGCCGUGCAAACACUUUGAGCUCAACGUCACCAUCGAAGAAUCCAGCGAAAAGCCUCCAGCAGAUGUAGAAAAAUCCUACCAGAUCACCAUCAAAGUGAGGGCGUUAGGACCCAGCGAUGUUAGGAUGGUGGUUCUGGACAUCAGUCUGCCCACUGGCUUCACCCCAGAAAACUCAGAUCUGGAGAUGUUGUCCAACUCGGUGGACCGUUACAUCAGUAACUUCCAGAUAGUGGAUAACCUGAGCGACAGAGGUUCUCUGAUCAUCCACCUCUUCAAGGUGUCACACAAAGAGCCAGAGGUGCUGAUCUUCCGGCUGCAGCAGAGCUUCAAAGUCGGCCUCCUCCAGCCGUCCUCCGUCACUGUGUACGAGUAUUACAACCCAGAUCACCGCUGCAGUCGCACCUACACUCCCAGCGAGGACAAAGAGGAGAUCGCCCAGAUCUGCAGAGACGACGUCUGCCGCUGUGCACAGGGUGACUGUUGCAUCUCUAAAGUCGACGGCGAAAAUUUCCUCAACAAAGACAGGGAGACAUUCGCCUGCAAGAGCUUACACCAUGUUUUCCAGGUGAAGGUGCUGAGUGUCAGCCAGAGUUACUACGACAAAUACGAGAUGGAGAUCACGCAAAUGAUCAAGCUCGGUGUGGAGGCUGGAGUUGAGGUCGGCCAAAAGAGGUUGUUCAUGUCUCACGGAGGAUGCAGACAGGGGCUCGACCUGAAGCAGGGCCAUCAGUACCUCAUCAUCGGCCCCAAAGAGGAUCAGUGGAACAUUGACAGUCACACAAACAGAUACGUCUACAUGUUGGGGAAGGACACCUGGGUGGAGCGCUGGCCUUCGUCCGCAGAGUGCUCCAGCGGUCCAAGCCUGCAAGCUAAAUGCAAGAGCCUUCAGGAUGCUGCAUAUGACCUGUCUGUCAACGGCUGCAGGCUGUAGACAUGCGCAGGGUACGAUUUGCUGAGGGGGAUCCAUGGGACAUGUACCACCCACUGUCAGCACUCGCCUUCAUGAGACAAUAGAUGAUUUACCUUUUGAUCCUGGUUCCAUCGGCCUUGAUCACUUUUAGCUCCCUUGGUAGAGUGCCCGUCUCCCAUGUGGAGUCUGAAGCGUCCCGUGACACAUGAUAAGAGUCAACCCCCGCUUUUUUCACAAAUCGCAGCCUGGACUGUGAGAUCAUGUCCUGCAUGGAGUAAAUACAAACCUUGAUUCAUAAUAUCACUUUGUUGUUUGUUUGAAAUGUUAAAACAUAUGAUUUCACCUGCAAAAUAUUACAUUGUCAUGGUUGAUGUGUUGUGUUAAAACAAUAAUUCAGAAGUCGUGCUUUUUUCUCCCCUGAGUUUGAUUUAGUAAAUUAAAUAGUUUCCUGAGUUAUGGGUUGAAUGUGUGUUUGUAUUAAUGACGCAACAAAGUCAUAUUUAAUCAGUAGUUUUUCUGCUAAAAUAAACAAAUAGCUUGAUAUGAA